UCAUGCAGCACUUGAACCCAUGGAGACAUGGCACAUAGGUUCCUCUCAUCUACGAACAGAUUCAGCGCCAGAUUCGCCUUCAUAUUCACUGUGUCUUUAUCCUGCACAUAUUUAUGCUACAGUAUUCUUUUUUGUCGCAGCACAGUUAUGACAAACCGGGGUUACGAGGGGAGAAGAUGCCCGCCGAGCAAGAACGCAGGAGGGAAGAAACUUCUUGGGAAAUUAGACAAUUGCGCUUCGUUGGAAGUCAGGUCCGCUCUGGAUGGGUCCGCUGCCCCGCGAGGAUACAGCGAUCUGCGCAACAUUAAAGCCACUGCCUCGUCUGGAAGUCACUCGGAUGACACGAAGUUAAGAAACAUGAGUGUUGCCCAAAAAUAUGGGAAUAAGAAGCUGCCUAAUGCGUUAAUAGUCGGUGUAAAGAAAGGAGGUACCAGGGCGGUGCUGGAGUUCAUCCGGAUACAUCCAGAUGUGCGCGCACUAGGAACUGAGCCGCACUUUUUCGACAGAAACUAUGACAGAGGGCUGGACUGGUACAGGGGAUUAAUGCCACGAACGCUAGACAGCCAGAUCACAUUAGAGAAGACACCCAGCUACUUUGUCACCAGAGAGGCUCCGAGACGCAUCUGCAGCAUGUCCCACGAGACAAAGCUGAUUGUUGUGGUGCGUAACCCAGUCACAAGAGCCAUCUCCGACUACACACAGACUCUUUCCAAGAAGCCCGACAUCCCUACGUUUGAGGAGCUGGCCUUUAAGAACAAAAGUGAGGGUCUCGUCGACUCUUCCUGGAACGCCAUUCGGAUUGGGAUGUACAUCCUGCACCUGGAGAACUGGCUGCAGUACUUUCGCCUGUCGCAGAUGCACUUUGUGAGCGGGGAGCGGCUGAUCACGGAUCCAGCGGGGGAAAUGGGCCGCGUUCAGGACUUCUUGGGGCUGAAACGAAUAAUCACGGACAAGCACUUUUACUUUAACCGAACCAAAGGCUUUCCCUGUCUGAAGAAGCCGGAGAGCAGCAGCCAGCCGCGCUGCCUGGGAAAAUCCAAGGGCAGAACUCAUGUACAGAUCGAACGGGAGGUCAUAGAGCAGCUGCAGGAGUUUUAUAGGCCAUUUAAUAUCAAAUUCUUUGAAACCGUGGGGCAAGACUUCAAGUGGGAUUGAGCGUUCCAUACAGAAACAAGGCUGUGGGAUUGAGGGUGCCAUACAGAAACAAGGCUGUGGGAUUGAGGGUGCCAUACAGAAACAAGGCUUUUUUUAAAUGGCCUCUGAAAAUAAAUAUAAAUGAGGGUAUCUUCAUACAAAUGUUUAAAUGAAAAGUUUAUUGAGAUAUGUAUUCAUUCACUAA